UGGCGUCAGCCAGUUAUAAAAAAAAAAUGUCAUAACAAAAGCACAUGAUUAUAAAUUAUUGUUAAUCCUUUCGUUGUCUAAGUUUUUAAUUUGGAUAUUAUCGAAAGAAUAUAUUAAUAAAUUCAUACCAUAAUGGGUAAAUCAAGACAUAAUGCAAAGGCGAGAAAAGUUGUUAAAACGAAUAUUGACAACACAGAAACCAACGAGAUAAAAAUUGAUUUUGCUAAUAAUGAAUAUGGUACAUCUGAUGCCAGUAAUUUAUUGGUCUUGCCAUCCAAGAAAAGGCAGACUAAGAUUGUGCAAGAAAAAAAGGAAAAAACAAAAUUCCUUUCAAAAGCUCAACGAAAACAACUCGAAAAAAUUGUUGAUAAGAAAAAGAAAAAAGAAAAUCGAGCAGCUCUCUUAGAGUCACUGUCGCAAGUACAAGCAUCACCAGAUGAAGUGAAACAAAUGACAGCUAUAUCUGCUGUGCAAACAAUUGGCCUCAGGCAGUUGUCAAAGUUACAAUUAGAAGCACCUGUGGAGAAAACAGAAAUAGCAGUAAACAAGAAGUUUAGCAGUAUCGCAGGAGCUAAAAAACGACUAAGACUCUUAAAAAUGGACAAUGCUGGUAAAACAAAGAAGAGUAAAUAUGAUCCAAAUGUUGUUGGACUUGAACAAUCAUCCAGUGAAGAAAUUAGUUCAGAAUCAGAUGAUGAUGAACCAGUUGUUCUACAAAAUAGAAAUGAAGAAAUUGUAUUAGUGAAAAAUGACAUAGUAAAUGAUGAAAAUAAAGUUCAAAAUGUUGUAAAAGAUAUAAGGAAAGAUAUUACAACUACUAAAGAUAAUAUAAAAGGGAAAGAAAAAAGUAUAUCUAAAAAAGUAAAAAAACAUGAACUUAAUACUAUUGAGAAUAAAGAGAAAGAGAAAAAGCCACUGCUUGAACAUAAAACAGUUCAUAUAGAAGUGAAGAGAGAUCCAAAAGUGCAAGUGGCGAGAUUGAAGCUACCAAUUUUGGGAGAAGAACAAAGAAUUAUGGAGUUGGUGAAUGAGAAUGAGUUCUUGAUAGUGGCUGGUGAAACUGGCAGCGGUAAAACAACACAGCUUCCCCAAUUCCUUUACGAAGCGGGCUAUGCUGAACACAAAAUGAUAGCAGUGACUGAACCUCGACGGGUUGCCACGGUCGCCAUGGCGGCACGUGUCGGCCACGAGCUGGCGCUUAGUAGCAAGGAAGUUUCCUAUCUAAUGCGGUUUGAAGGAAAUGUUACUAAGGACACCAAAAUCAAGUUUAUGACUGAUGGUGUCCUUUUAAAAGAAAUUCAAUCAGAUUUUCUACUGAGUAAAUACUCAGUAGUGAUUAUCGAUGAGGCCCACGAGAGAAGUGUUUACACCGAUAUAUUACUUGGUUUGCUGUCCAGAAUAGUACCGUUAAGAAGAAAGCGCGGGAAUCCACUCAGAUUGAUCAUUAUGUCUGCCACAUUGAGAAUAGAAGACUUUACUGAGAAUACCAGGUUGUUUAAAGAACCACCUCCUGUGAUUAAAAUAGAUUCAAGACAGUAUCCCGUAACAAUACAUUUCAACAAGCACACUUACAGUGACUAUUUGAAAGAAGCAUUCAGAAAGACUGUCAAAAUACACACAAGACUGCCUGAAGGAGGGAUUCUUAUAUUUGUGACAGGUCAGCAAGAGGUGAAAUAUCUCGUACGUAAAUUGAAGGCAUCCUUUCCUUACCGCAAAGAUGUGGACUAUUCGAAGCUGAUAACAAAGACGAAGCCGAUUAACGAAGCUGAUGCUGCCCUGGACUCGGAACCUGAUGAUAUCGACUCUGAUGAUGAUGAGGUGGAGAAGGAAAUGAAACGCGCCAAGAAAGCAAGAAGAAAAGCUAAGCAGAAAAUCAAAACGUUACCAAAGAUUAACUUGGAUGACUAUGACAUGCCAGAUGACGAUGGACAAGCAGAUCUCGUCGACAAUGAUGAUGAGAGUGAAGGACACUUGAGUGACUCUGAUGCAGAAGAAGACACACUCACACCAACAAUAAAGUCUUGCAGACAGCCUCUAUGGGUUCUUCCUCUAUACUCUAUGCUCAGUUCCUCUAAGCAAGCCAAAGUGUUUGCACCACCUCCAGUUGGAGCGAGGCUAUGCGUAGUUAGUACCGACGUCGCUGAAACAUCCCUCACUAUACCCGCUAUAAAAUACGUUGUCGACAGUGGGAAAAAGAAAAUGCGCGUGUAUGACCACGUGACCGGCGCGAGCGCAUGGCGUAUAGUGUGGACAUCGCAGGCGAGCGCGGGGCAGCGGGCGGGACGCGCGGGACGAGUGGGCGCGGGGCACGCGUACCGGCUGUACAGCAGCGCUGUAUUCCAGCACGAUUGUCCGCCACACCAUCCGCCCGACUUAUGCCGCCGCCCAGUCGACGAUCUCGUACUUGCCAUGAAGUGCAUGGGCAUAGAUAAGGUGGUGAAUUUUCCAUUCCCGACUGCACCGGAUAGAAUGCAACUCAGGCUAGCGGAAAAGCGUCUUGAAACACUCGGUAUCUUGGAAAAACCCGAAGUAAAGAAGAAGAAAGUGGAUGAUGAUGAUAUGUUAAAGGUGACGCCGUUAGGUAAAGCUGUAUCGGCAUUCCCCUUGUUGCCUCGAUAUGGAAAAAUGCUAGCACUCAGUCAUCAACAGAAUCUCUUAUCUUAUACUAUUGCCCUGGUAUCAGCUCUUACAGUACCUGAGGUAAUGAGUGGAAAACCGGACAGCUGGCCCGCAACUGGUCAUACGCUCUUGUUGGGUGAUCCCGGAGUACUGCUUCGAGCUGUUGGCGCCGCGGAGUAUGCAUACGUCAAAGGCGAGGAGGAAUUGUUCUGCGCUAAAUAUGGAAUUAGAGAAAAGGCUAUCAAGGAAAUCCGAAAGCUGCGCAAACAAUUGACAUCAGAGAUUAAUCUCAGCGUCGCAGGGGUGGACGUAACAAUAGAUCCUGAGAUGAAACCUCCGAACGAUAAUCAAGCCAGACUGUUACGGCAAUUGGUGCUUAGUGGACUGGGUGAUCAAGUUGGCAGGAAAAUUGGACUGGACGAGGUCAAGGAAGGCGAAGACAAACGUAAAUUUAAAUACGCGUACCACUGCGGCGAGUUAGAAGAACCGGUGCACCUACAUUCGGAGUCUAUUCUCCGCAAGACAAUACCAGAAUGGGUGGUGUAUCAAGAGUUGUACGAGACCGGUGCUGAGGAGCGACGGAAGAUGGUCAUGAGGAAUGUGACGGCCAUAGAGCCUGAGUGGCUGCCGGUCUACGUGCCACAGUUGUGCAAUUUGGGUGAACCCUUAUCCGACCCAGAGCCGAGAUAUGACGAGAAGUCGGGACGUGUAAAAUGCCAUUUUAAAGGAACGUUCGGUAAAUCCGGGUGGGAGUUGCCCACCGUUGAGAUUGAUUAUCCGGAAAAAAUAGAAAGAUACAGAUGGUUCGCUCGUUUCCUAUUAGAAGGAGUUGUGUUCCCGAAACUACGUAAAUACACAGCGUCCUUACUCUCUCCGCCGUCCACGAUGGUUAAAAGCUGGGCAAAGCUGCAGCCUAGAACAGAAAUUUUAUUGAAAGCCUUAAUAAUGAAGAGGGUAGGAACUAGAGAUGCUUUGCAAGAAAUUUGGAAAGAGCAGUCGAAUUAUUUAUUGAAUGAAUAUUUGAAAUGGCUGCCAGAGUCAGCGCAUAACGAAGCAACUUUGUAUUGGCCUCCUUUGUGAUAAUGAUAUUAUGAAUUAUUGUAAAUAUUGUAAAUAAAUUCCUUUGUUAUUAUA